UAAAAGUGGUUGGCAACGUUAUUAAUUUUCAUGUCCAUUUGACUUGGCUGUUGGCAACUUAUACUAAAAACAGCUGUUUUCUGUUGAUAUUUUGUGCAAAAAUUUUUCAAUCUUCCACAAAAAGUGAACACUUUAAACACAAUCUAAAAAGUUUUAAGCAAAAUGAAAUUUCGCUUCUGUGGCGAUGGCGACUGUCCCGACUGGGUGUUGGCAGAAAUUAUAUCCACACUAUCUGUGCUCAGCGCUAAGAAUCUGGAGACAUUGGCGGGGUUGGUUGCCAAGAGAAUUCUUGGGCGAGAGUUCGAGGAGAAUGCAAUUAAAGCGUUAACAGCAGACAUAUCCAACGAUGGCAAAUCCAUUGUCGCUUGCAUACACUUUUUGCUCAUCAACGCGUCACGGCAUGCUGUGAGCGAGACGGUGUUUAGUGAAGAGAUUCAACAAUUGGGUUUGCCAAAGGAGCACGCCGCUGCCAUGUGCCAUGUUUUAGCGGAUAAUGUGACACAAAUACGCCAACGCCUUCAAGAUAAAGCAUUCAGAAUUAAUGAACUGUCAUCGGUGCGUUAUAUACCACCCUCAGCGGAACAUCCGGAUAACACCGUUGGUUGCGCAAAAUUCGAAUUGAAAAUCUCACAGGAGCUGGUCGAUGGAUUGCCGGAGGAUACCACACACGUGUUGAAUAUUGAGCGUGCAAAUGUGGCGGCAUUACUGGACGAGUUGAAGGAGGUGCGUAAAACACUGCAACAGUAUAGUUGGCGACCGAAGGAAUAGCUGACCGCAUACAAAAAUGCGAAUAAUUCCUUCCGAGGUAUUGCUGGAACAAAUGCAUUCUGUAGUGAAUUAAGUGUAAUACUUUAAAAUUUAAGCUAGAUAGCCGUAAUAUUAAGACUUCCAUGUAUAAUACUUAGGCAUAAAAUUCAAAAUUGACAUUUUUUCCAUUGUGUUGACAAAUUUUAUAGCGGAUAAUGUCGCAACUGCAUGAAAGCAACGCUUGCUAUUAGCCGUGAAUAUGGUAGCGUUGCAGCUACCCGCCAAUAGAUGACGCGAAAGAAACGUUUCCCGGUAACGUAUAGUUUGAGAGCUACUGAAGUUAACAUUUAACAUAAACAAUUUCUGAUGGAAAAAACCAAUAAAGCUUUGUUCUCCGUUU